UUUUUAUUUCUAAAUAUAACUUCUUUUAGACUCUACAUGCUUUUCCUUCCUAAGAAAUUGUCAAAUAAUCCUCCAUUGCUACAUAUAGCUUAAGCUUCUUACCCAAUUUACUCCUUGUCAUCGAUCUAUAAUUGGAUGUUAUUAGAUACAAAGCCAAAACGUGUCAACUAAUACUUUCAAGUUUCAUUUAUUAAUCCAUUUUUCCGUUGUUGUUGGAUAUAUAGCAUGGGCAAUUGUAUGAGUACUUCUACACCGCUAAAGUCUAUCAACUCUAAUCCCAAUUCUGCAACAAAUGUCAAAAGCAGCAAUCAGAGUAUUCCUACUCAAAGAUCCGAUGAUGAAAUGUUGUCUACUCCUGGUUUAAAGGCCUUCUCCUGCAACGACUUUGCGAAUGGCAUCGAAUAUUCCCAGAGUCUCACUGAAGGAGGUGAAUAUUCUGAUAUAGUUUUCAAGGGGUGGAUUGAUAAGCAGACUCUCUGCCCUUCAACCCCUAAAACUGGAAUUCCUGUCUCUUUAAAACACCUUAAAUCCGAAGUUUUCAAGGGUGAUAAGGAGUGGUUGGCAAAGUUGAACUAUAUUGGCCAACUACAUCAUCCCAAUCUAGUGAAACUUAUUGGAUAUCGCGUUGAUAGUGAAGAUUGGUUUCUGGUGUACGAGUUUUUGCCUAAUGGAAGCCUAGAAAACUAUUUUUUCAGAGAGGGAAUCCAACCAAUCUCUUGGGAAACAAGGAUGAAAGUGGCUAUAGGUGCUGCCAAAGGACUCUCUUUCCUUCACGACGCUGAAUCACAAGUCUUAUAUCGUUAUCUUGAUGCAUCACAUAUCUUGCUAGAUGAUGAUUUCAAUGUGAAGCUACCAGCUUAUCUAGCACCUCAGGUCAUGGACAUUCAGGGUUAUGCAAGGCAGGGUUAUGUAGCGCAAGGUUAUGCAGCGCCAGAGUCUGUAGAUUCAGUUUAUGGACCAGGUUGUGUUUCAACAAAGAGCGAUGUCUAUAGUUAUGGGAUUCUAUUACUUGUACUACUAACUGGUCGGCGUGCACUUAAAAAAUCAAUGAUCAGCGAUCAGUAUCUCCUAAACUGGGUGAAGUUAUUUCGGAGAAAGUUGCUCCAAAUCAUGGAUACCAAAUUGGAAGGCCAAUAUCCUGAAAAUGUUGCAGUUGCGGUUGCUGCACUUGCUUUACAGUGUACUGAUUCUAAUCUAAAUUCUAGGCCUGAAAUGUCACAUGUCUUAGAAAAACUCCAGGAAGCUUUAACUUUGUAAUUAAUGUAAGACCUUAAACAUGUACUAUGAAAAUUCUCUUGCAUAUUGUUACUCUUA